AGAGAACCGGGAGCGUAUCUAUUUUGCUUGUAAGCUAAUACCGGGAACAGAAGGAUAACUGAAAUUUAGCAAUCAAUUAGGAAGUGUACAGCGAAAUUGGAACCAAAAAGUCAAUUCUUGACUCUUCGCAAUGGACGCGGAGGGCUUUGAGGAGCUUCUGCAACAGGCAGAACAACUUGCAGCGGAGACAGAGGCCGUAUCUGAGUUGCCUCAUGUCGAGAGAAACCUCCAGGAGAUUCAGCAGGCUGGAGAGAGACUGCGAGCCCGCACACUCACAAGAACUUCUCAGGACACCGCGGAUGUCAAAGCGUCUAUCCUGUUGGGCUCCAGGGGCCUGGACAUCUUCCACAUCUCCCAGCGACUGGAGAGCCUCAGUGCAGCCACCACCUUUGAGCCCCUCGAGCCUGUGAAGGACACUGACAUACAGGGUUUCCUGAAGAACGAGAGGGACAAUGCGCUGCUCUCCGCCAUCGAAGAGUCCCGACGCAGGACGUUCCUCCUGGCGGAGGAGUACCACCGUGAGUCCAUGCUGGUGCAGUGGGAGCAGGUGAAGCAGAGAGUGCUGCACACACUGCUGGGGGCCGAAGAGGAUGCGCUGGACUUCAGCCAGGACGUGGAGCCCAGCUUUGUCAGCGAUGUGGGGGCUCCUGGACGCAGUGCACUGGACAGUGUGGAAGUGGCCUAUGCCAGACAGAUCUACGUCUUUAACGAGAAGGUCAUCAAUGGGCACGUGCAGCCCAGCCUGGGAGACCUGUGCGCCUCUGUGGCCGACAAUCUGGACGACAAGAACGUGUCGGACAUGUGGCUGAUGGUGAAGCAGAUGACGGACGUGCUCCUGGUGCCGGCCAAGGACACGCUCAAGAGCCGCACCGCAGUGGACAUGCAGAUGGCCUUCGUCCGGCAGGCGCUGCAGUUCCUGGAGAACAGCUAUAAGAACUACACCAUGGUGACGGUGUUUGGGAACCUGCACCAGGCUCAGCUCGGCGGCGUACCCGGCACCUACCAGCUGGUGCGCAGCUUCCUCAACAUCAAACUCCCCGGCCCUGUGCCAGGCAUGCAGGACGAUGAGGUGGAGGGCCAUCCGGUGUGGGCGCUGAUCUACUACUGCCUGCGGUGUGGGGACCUGCACGCAGCCAUGCAGGUGGUGAACAGGGCGCAGCACCAGCUCGGGGACUUCAAGACCUGGUUCCAGGAGUACAUGAACAGCCCAGACCGCCGUCUGGCUCCAGCCACGGAGAACAAGCUGCGGCUGCACUACCGGCGCGUGCUGCGGAACAGCGCCGACCCCUACAAGCGCGCCGUCUACUGCCUCAUCGGCAAGUGCGACAUCGCCGACAACCACGGAGAGGUGGCAGACAAGACGGAAGACUACCUGUGGCUCAAGCUGAACCAGGUGUGCUUCGACGACGACGGCAGCAGCUCUCCGCAGGACCGCCUGACCCUGGCCCAGCUUCAGAAGCAGCUGCUGGAGGACUACGGCGAGUCGCACUUUGCGGCGAGCCAGCAGCCGUUCCUGUACUUCCAGGUGCUGUUCCUGACGGCGCAGUUCGAGGCGGCCGUGGCCUUCCUGUUCCGCGUGGAGCGCCUGCGGAGCCACGCCGUGCACGUGGCCCUGGUGCUCUACGAGCUCAAGCUCCUGCUCAAGUCCUCCGGACAGAGCGCCCAGCUGCUGAGCCAGGAGCCCGGAGACCCUCCCAUGGUGCGGCGUCUCAACUUCAUCAGGCUGCUCAUGCUCUACACACGCAAGUUUGAGUCCACCGACCCCAGAGAGGCUCUGCAGUACUUCUACUUCUUAAGGGAGGAGAAGGACAGUCAAGGAGAGAACAUGUUCAUGCGCUGUGUCAGUGAGCUGGUCAUCGAGAGUCGAGAGUUUGAUAUGCUUCUGGGAAGACUUGAAAAAGACGGAAGCCGAAAGCCUGGGGUGAUCGACAAGUUUGCCGGCGACACGCGGGCCAUCAUCACCAAGGUGGCGUCGGAGGCGGAGAACAAGGGCCUGUUUGAGGAGGCGGUCAAGCUCUACGAGCUGGCCAAGAACCCAGAUAAGGUUCUGGAGCUGAUGAACCGGCUCCUGAGUCCCGUCGUGGCCCAGAUCAGCGCCCCGCAGUCCAAUAAGGAACGGCUAAGGAACAUGGCCGUCGCCAUCGCAGAGCGGUAUCGGACCAGUGGCGUGGCCGGUGAGAAAUCUGUGGACAGCACCUUCUACCUGCUGCUGGACCUCACCACCUUCUUUGACGAGUACCACGCCAGUCAUAUUGACCAGGCUUAUGACAUCAUCGAGAGGUUAAAGUUGGUUCCCCUCAGUCAGGACAGCGUCGAGGAGAGGAUAGCAGCUUUCCGCAACUUCAGCGAUGAGGUCCGGCACAAUUUGUCCGAGGUUCUUCUGGCCACAAUGAACAUCCUUUACACGCAGUACAAGCGCCUGAAGGGGGCAGCAGCGGGCACCCCUGGAAGACCACAGCGCCCCCUAGAGGACAGAGACUCGCAGCUGCGCAGUCAGGCCAGGGCGCUGAUCACGUUCGCCGGGAUGAUCCCGUACCGCAUGGCGGGAGACACCAACGCCCGACUGGUCCAGAUGGAGGUUCUGAUGAACUGAUGAGCUCCUCCCACUCCAGAACUCACACUCACACACACACACACACACACACACACACACACACACACUGCAGCAGUUUAGUUUUUGACUCUGUGAUAUGCUUUCCCAGAGUUUUCCACCAUCAUCCAUCAUGUGGGCCUUCUCUCCCCCUCCCCCAGCCGUCUAUGUGGUUGGGUUUGUUCAUAUUCCCCCUGGUAUCUUUUCCCUUCAUUGUGUUUUGUUAUGUUUGUUUGUAUUCUUUUUCAUAAUUUGAAUAAAUAAAGAUCAACUUUCA